UCACACAUACUCUAUUGGCAGAGUGCUGCAAGUGAGUGAGUGAACAGGGAGAAUUUAAAAAGUGCUUCGGUGAAGAUCAACUGGUUGUCCAUGCACGGAGUAACUUUCCAACACUUUCCCUCUGCCCACUGCGUUUUGACACAAUCAAAACACUGCUGUUGUGGUCAAUUUGUCUAAUCACUGGGACUGGGACUGGGAAAUCUGGAAAUGAAGAGAGACUUUACAAUUUUCUGUCGGAUUUGGAUUGGGAUCGCGUAUGCCUCAGGUCUGGUGAUUGGUUAUUCUAUGACUCCGCCCACCCUCGACGUCCUCAGAGAAGAUCUUGUGAUUCAAGCCGGAGACACACUGACCAUUACAUGCAGGGGGCAGCGUACGCUGGACUGGGCCUGGCCUGAGGACACCCUCCAGAGGACCCCGGCCAGUGAGCGGCACCUCCCCAGCCAGGAGGACCAGAGCCCGGGUGCGGAGCAAGAGAGGCCGGCCAGCAGUGGGCCCGGUCCCAGGGCGGUGAGGGUGACGGAGUGCCGUGGCGAGCCGGGAAAGCCCUACUGCAAGACGCUGGUGCUCAGCAACGCCCAGGGCAAUGACACAGGGUCGUACCGCUGCUUCUACCAGGACAUCAAGGCCGUUACGGACGGCAUCACGGCAGCCAGCAUCUACGUGUUUGUCAAAGAUGUCAAUCAACCCUUUGUCAACCCCUCGACGCAGCUCCAGACGAUCCUCUUCAGCAGUUCUAUGGCUGAUGUUGUGGUGCCCUGCCUGGUCUCCAUCCCAGACCUCAAUGUGUCCCUAUACAGAAUCGAGAACGGCUUUCCGGUUCUCAUGACGGAAAAUGGGAUGGUUUGGAACAACAGGCGAGGCUGGGCCGUACCAAGGCACAUAGUGGAGAGAAUCAUGUCUGACCUGUUUGCCUUCUAUUGCACUACUGAGGUCCAGAGUCAAGAUGUCCACUCUUCCUACUACAUUGUGCAUGCCACAGGAAGUAAGGUUUAUGAUCUCAAGCUGUUUCCUGAGGAGACGGUGCAGCUCAUGGUGGGCGAGCCCCUGGUGCUCAACUGCACAGCCAUGGUGGAGUUCAACACAGGCGUGGAGUUCCAGUGGAACUACCCCCGAAAACAGAUGAAAGAUAUGGUCAUUCCCAAAGAAAGCCGCAACUCGCUGACCCAGAACACUGAGGCCACAAGCAUCUUCGCCAUUGAAAUCGUCAAUGUUGGGGACACGGGCACUUAUGUUUGCACUGCUAAGAGCACAGAGGAGCAGUUGGAGAGAUCCACAGUGGUCAUUGUGCACGAAAAACCCUUUAUCAUCUUGGACUACAAGAGUGGGUCAGUGGUGGAAACAACAGUUGGAGACAAGUCGCUCAAGAUGUCUGUCAAAGUGUCUGCAUUCCCAGAACCAAAGACCCAGUGGCUGCGAAAUGGCAAAGUGAUAAACAGCAAGCGGCCAGAGUUCAAGAGGAUGCGAGUGCAGCAGAACCAAGUGCUGGAGAUCCGAGAGAUAUGCGAGCAGGACGCCGGGAAUUACACCGUGGUGAUGACCAACACCUGGAAAAAUGAAAGCUUGGAGAAAAGACUCACUCUCAAUCUCAUUGUCAAUGUGCCUCCUCAGAUCCAUGAGAAGGAGGUGGCUGCUCCUGACAAUCCUUACCCCCACGGCAGCCGGCAAACCCUCACCUGCACCGCGUACGCCGUUCCCCCGGCAACCAUCAGCUGGCACUGGAGACCCUGGAUGCCCUGCGGCCUGAACAGCACACGACGCAGUCUUGCUCGCAGGGGAGCCAGAGAUAAGAUCCCCAAUUGCCAGAACUGGCAGAGCAUGGACCCAGAACACUCGCUCAACUCCAUCGAAAUGCCAAAGACGUGGACGGAGGUAGUGGAUGGCAAAAAUAAGACAGUCAGCUCUCUGGUCAUCCAGAAUGCCAACAUGUCCAGCAUGUACAAGUGCUCAGCGGAGAACAAGGUUGGAACCGACGAGAGGCUCAUUUACUUCUAUGUCACCACCAUCCCCGAGGGCUUUGGCAUCGCCCUGGAGCCGCGCGAGGAGCCCCUGGAGCAGGAGCGCGUGCAGCUCAAGUGCAGCGCCGACAACUACACCUACGAGGAGCUGCGCUGGUACCGGCUGGACCCGCACGUGGUGCCGCCCGAGCUGGACUGCCGCAGCCUGCACCGCUACGGCGUGGCGCUGGGGGGCGAGCUGUCCUUCGAGGAGGACUCCAACAACUGGACGCUGGUGCUGACGCUGGAGAGCGCGCAGCCGAGCGACGAGGGCAACUAUGUGUGCGAGGUGCGCAGCCGACGCACGGGGGAGAAGCACUGCCACCGCAAAUACGUGCCUGUCAGAGCAUUGGAGGCCCCUCAUUACAGGCACCAUCCGGCCAAUCAGACGGUGAAUGCGAGUGAGUCCCUGAGGAUGGAGUGUGAUGUGGAGGGCACCCCCUCCCCACAGCUCUCCUGGUUCAAGAAUAGCCAGCCUCUACAUCACACCUCUGGCAUCCUGCUGCAGGACUCCAACCGGACGCUUAGCAUCCAGCGUGUGCGCGAGGAGGACGCGGGGGUGUACACAUGCCAAGCCUGCAACCAGAGGGGCUGUGUGCACGCCUCGGCCACCGUCACCGUCAUCGCGCCCCCUAGGGAGAUGGUGGAGGUGGUGAUCCUGAUAGGCACGGGGGUCAUCGCCAUCUUCUUCUGGGCCCUCCUCAUCCUCAUCUUCUGCAAUGUCAAGCGGGUGAACCCUGCCGACAUCAAGACAGGCUACCUGUCAAUCAUCAUGGACCCGGGAGAGGUGCCCCUGGAGGACCAGUGUGAAUACCUCCCCUACGACUCCAGCCAAUGGGAGAUCGGCAGAGACCGCCUGCGCCUCGCAGGUAAAGUGCUGGGCCAUGGAGCAUUCGGCAAGGUGAUGGAGGCCACCAUUUUCAGUCAUGAGAAGAAGGGCAGUCUGGACACUGUGGCAGUGAAGAUGCUGAAAGAUGGAGCGACAGCAAGUGAGCAUAAAGCUCUGAUGUCGGAGCUGAAGAUCCUCAUCCACAUUGGGAAUCACCUCAACGUAGUUAAUCUCCUCGGAGCCUGCACCAAAACCAACGGGCCCCUGAUGGUGGUGGUGGAGUACUGCAAGUAUGGAAACCUCUCCAACUUCCUGCGUGCCAAGAGGGAGUUCUUCCUGCCAUACAGGGACCGAUCACCAAAAACGCAGAGUCAGGUGCGGCGGAUGCUGGCGGCGGGACAGGUGGAGCUUCAGCAGAGGGCUCGCACCCGAGGCCACUCCACCAGAGGAGACCCCGCAGCCCCCCAGCAGCAGCAGCAGCAGCAGCCGUCUGGGGGGAGGGGCGGCCGGAGGAGUCCGCAGGAGGCUGUGGAGAAAAUGGAUGAUUUAUGGAAGACGCCACUAACCGUGGAAGACCUCAUCUGCUACAGCUUCCAAGUGGCACGAGGGAUGGAGUUCCUGGCAUCGCGAAAGUGCAUCCACCGAGACCUGGCGGCGCGGAACAUUCUGCUGUCCGAGAGUAACGUGGUCAAGAUUUGCGACUUCGGCCUGGCCAGAGAUAUCUACAAGGACCCAGACUACGUUCGGAAAGGCAAUGCCAGACUGCCCCUUAAAUGGAUGGCUCCGGAGAGUAUCUUCGACAAGGUCUACACCAGCCAGAGUGACGUCUGGUCCUUUGGAGUUCUGCUCUGGGAGAUAUUCUCUUUAGGUGCCUCUCCGUACCCAGGUGUGCAGAUUGAUGAAGACUUCUGUAAACGUUUGAAGGAUGGUACCAGGAUGAGAGCACCAGAUAAUGCCUCCCCCGAAAUAUAUGGGAUAAUGCUGGCCUGCUGGCAGGGCGAGCCCCGGGAGAGGCCUACGUUCCCAGCUCUGGUGGAGAUCCUGGGCGACCUCUUGCAAGACAACGGCCUCCCAGAUGGGAAGGAUUACAUCCCCCUGAACGUGUCCCAGAGUUCAGAAGAUGACGGCUUCUCUCAGGCCUCCUCCAGACCACCCUCAGAAGAGGAGCUGAGGAUGCACACACUUCCCAACAGGUAUUACAACUGCGUGCCAUUUGCUGGCUGCAUGCUGGUAGGGCCGUCCAGGAUCUGCCACUCCCGGGUCAAGACGUUUGAGGAGCUGCCCCUGGAGAUGACGUCCCACAAACCCCACCAUGAUAGCAGUCAAACAGACAGUGGCAUGGUGCUGGCCUCAGAGGAGUUUGAGAGGAUCGAACACAAACACAGAGGAGGCAUGUCGAGGAAUCCACAGAUUGGCAGGAGUACGGAGCAUCUGAUUGGUGCGUCGGCUCAAGUGGGCCGGCCCCGGCCGCCAUUCCUCUCGCAGCUCUCGGGCCAGACGUUCUACAACAACGAGUACGGCCAGCUGUCCGAGGAGGGCGUGGUGCUGGACUUCUUCUCCGUCCCCGACGACCUGCUGGCAGAGGGACCCUGCUGCCCGGCCUCCUCUAACCUGUGAG